CGCUUGACUCGACCACAUCAACAUCAAUCAAUCAAAGUGUGACACUACGUCAACCGGAGCGCUGCCUAUUCGAUAUUUUUAAUGCGUAAUUCGUUGUAAGGUCGAUUUUGACGGCUGCUCCGUGUCAGAGACGCCGUGCCGGUUCGGAUCUGGGUCCGUUUUCUCAGGUUUAAUCGGUGUGCUUAUUGUUUUUGUGGAGAAAGGGACGGUUGCAGCGGCGGACAGGAGGGGGCGUGGCCUCCGGUUUUAGAAAUUCUACCCAUUGUUCCACUCCAACGCGCGAAGAGAACACCUCUGAGGAGGGCUCGGCCAAUCAGCGGCCGCGGUCCUCCUCCAGGCCCCGCCCACCAGCCUAUAUUAAAGGCUCGGCCGUCAGCAGCAUUGGCCACUGGCACAAUAUAAUACUGAUUGAUCCACUAACCGAGGAGAGGGAUUUACUUUAUUCAACCUUUCAUUUCAGCCGUCCUUUAUUUUAUUGAACUAAAACAAUGGCAGACACACAAGUUGACUCCGGCUCGGAUAUCUCUGCCAAGGACCUGAAAGAAAAGAAGCUGGUGGAGGAGAAGGAGAACGGCAAAGACGCCGCCACCAAUGGAAAGGAGAAUGAGGAGAACGGUGAGCCCGAGGUAGAUGAUGAAGAUGACGAGGAGGUGGAUGAGGAGGACGAGGAAGAUGAUGGAGAAGGUGACGAGGAAGACGAGGAGGACGACGACGAUGAGAUCGAGGGAGGCACGAAACGGGCAGCUGAGGACGACGACGAUGACGACGAGGACGACGUCGAAACCAAGAAGCAGAAAACUGAUGACGAUGAUUGAUGCGUUUCUCGCCGCGCCAUCCUGCUGAACCUCCUGCUCCGCCACCUCCGACUGUUUUUAUGUGCCGCAGGUGGAGGGGCGGGAGGACCGUUUUAAAAGGAAAAAAUAAUAAUAAAAAAAAAAUCCAACAUGGUCAUUAGCAAGUAGAGUUCAACAAACAUCCACCUCGUACACACACACACACACACACACACACACACACUCUCGAUCUCCCCUCAAAACUGCUAAACAAAUUUUGUAGAGGAACACGCCACCACAGCGACGCAGGAAUCCGGCUUCUCUCCAACAACAACAACAUGAAAGGAGAAUUUGUUUGUAUUUUUAUUUACAUUUUAUAUUUUUGUACAUAUUGUUAGGAGGGGGGGUCAGUUUCUCUCUCAGCAGCGAUCUCGUCAGACCAAAUCGGUGCUUCUUUAACGAAAGAUUUUACUUGGUUGACCAUGUUACGAUAUCUCAACAGAUACUAGGAGUAAAAACCGUGUAAAAACAGUAAAAAAAAACAGAAGAAAAAUGAAAGACAACCUCUUAAAGCCGUUGAACUCAGAGCAUUCCAGUAAAUUUAAUGUAUGUACUUUAGCUGUACCAUAACUAGUUUGUUUGUAUGGGAGGGUAAGGCCAAAGAAAAGAGCCUCUUUUCUUUUUCCUUUUUAUUUUGUUUUUGUCAGCGACUUUUUGUUUUAUGACGGCCUGUUUUGAUGUAUGUGCGAAGUUUGUUGUUUGACAAUAAACCGGACUUUUAUUUUGUGA